AUGGCAGAGAUUAUGGAAGUGACGAAGCAGUGCUACAAAAAGCUUGACAUCCCAUUCGAUUCGGAUUUGGUUGAGCGUGUGAUGUAUAACCGUAACAUGCUGGAGGACCAGACGACCAAGAAAUUUGCCAACUGCAUGCUGGCUGGUUUGGGCUUAUGGGAAUCGGAAGGAGUUAUCGACCGGGACGCCGUGGUAAACUUUAUGGCAAUGAAAUACGAUGCCAAGGAGGUGCGGGAUAUUGUUGGAAAGUGCUUCAGACCGACCGGUGAAACCCAGGAGGAUAAGGCGUACAACUAUUUUAAAUGUGUUUUCAAGAAUAAGACGUUUGAACUUUAA